CUGGCAGAGAGAUCUCACAUAAUAAACAUUGAAUACAGAACGACAUUUAAUAAAGAAAAUUUUUGGUAAAACUCGUUGUUUUUCGUGUGAAUUAUACUAUCUCUGAUUGGAAAAGUUGCAACUUUAAACUUGCUUUUGUUCGUUUGACAACCGUUUUCAUUUUUCUUUUGUUGGGAUGUGUCCCUUAAACCCAUCUGUAUAUAAACACUAAUAUUUGCUUUACUUUAGAAAAUGGCAAUUCCGUCGGAUUGGGAAUUAAAUGAAGUCUUGGUUCAACUAGAUAAAGUUGAUGAGCAAACUGAACAUGUUUUAGUCAAUACAGUACAAAAGUCUUCUUCCAAAUACAAACCAUGGAGUCUAAAAAACUUUUUGGUUCGUUUAAAAACUUACCGAAAUCGGUGGUCUUUGACUUAUGAUCCUCAGCUAGGUGAAGUCAAUUGCUGUAAACAUGGAUGGCUUUGUGACUCCUAUGAUAAGUUAGCAUGCGAUCUAUGCAAUAAACAAAUUGAUUUAAGCUUUCUACAGAAUAUAAUUGAGUCAAACGAGCUUUCUUGGGAGUUACCUCAAAACAUCAGAGAUCGUAUUGAGAAGUCUCUGCUUGAUGAACAUCAGGACGGUUGUCUGUGGAAGCACAUGAUUUUCCCAGAAAACAUAUACGAGCUUGAAAUUGCUACUGAGCUUCUGAAUACCAAAAGAAGGAUAAAAAGUACAUCACCUUGCUCAGUUCAAGUAAGUCUUCCGGAAGAAAUGACCCAAGAACGAUUGAUGAAAGUUGCUGAAAGAUUAAAUUAUGAUACAAGUAAUGAUCAUGGUUUCUCGUUAAUUGGGAUCGCACUGACUGGUUGGACGGAGCAAUUGUCAGGUCAAUUGUAUGAGUGCGAGUAUUGUCAUCGGAGAGUUGGUGUUUGGAAUUUAAGUCAAGAGAAUCAAUUAUUUGAUAUUAUUGACCAACAUAAGGUGAACUGCCCUUGGAGAACGCCCGUUAUGAAUAGCCAAUUACAUGGGUGGCAGAUCAUCUUGCAACUGUUCACGGGAGAAAUAAUAUUCCAGGAAGUGGAUAAAAUCACAGAAUAUUCUCAUUGGAAUGAUUUAACUUUGAAUCUUCUUCAAGAACUUCGGUAAAGCAUGAAGACUGUAAUAAUGGAGCAAGAAAUGAAUUUACCUCUUGAUAUUCAGCAAAUAGGAUAGGUAAAGAAAAGAAAAGAAAAGAAAAGAUAAGUUAUUAUUAAAUUAUUAAAUAAUUUUUAACUAAAUUAAAAAUAAAUAAGUACACACAAGAUACUUUUAGCCAAAAUUUUUCAGUAUGAGAGAAAUAG